AACCUACCAUUCUGCCCUUGUAGGUACUUUGUAAAAAGCAGUUUCCUUUUGGCAUUUGACAUAUUGAAAAUAAUAAAUCCACAAUAUAUUCUGUGAUGGAUGUCGUAGGGAAUUAAUUAGACUAAAAAAACAAUAGAAUUGUAUUAGUGUGUUUAAUGGACACUGACGCUAAUUAAACAUUGACUUUCUUCCUCAUUUGUAUCCGACUCUUGACCCACAUUUCAACUCUAAACACCGAGUUUGUGCAAGCAGCGCUCACGUAUAGCAAUACAAAGUAAACACACUACUUAAUAGUUUGACAUUUAAAUAUAUUGGUAGUUAUAUUUUCAGCAAAACACUUUUUACCCAUUUAUUUUUUUCUUUUACCUGCUUCUAAGAACAUUCACAACUAAGUGCAAUCUUUAAUUAAAAAUAGUUUUUCAGUUAUUACCUGAACGUUUUUCUCCCUGUUAAGGACUUUGAAUGUAAUUUGAUAGAAACUCAGAGUUGCCUCAAGCAAUAUAACAUCAAUCAUACACUCUUUCGAAAACCUUUUAACUUUUUCACGUCACACAUGAGCUCACAUUUAGAGGAUUAUCUGGUCUGUCUACAUUUCAGCCUCAGGCAGGCUUUUCGUAGGAAACACAACAUUGCGUUUUGCAUGUUACGCCAACACAAUUUAUUUACAGGGCUAUCAACCCUGUUAUCUAGUGGAACCUUUUCUAAAGAUUGCUCUCUCCUGUUACAAGACAUGGACAACACAUCGAUCACAUGCCAUUUCCUGCCACCCCCCACCCCCUUCACUCUAAAGUUAAUUUUUAAUCUUCUUUUCAGGGUGACCAACAAAGCCAUACAUAUACACUGGGACGUUCUGUUACUGUCUCUUAGCGAGUAGGCUGGUGUGGACAAUUGCAUGUAGUUUCUCCUUCCUCUUCAAUACUUUGGACGUCCAUCACAGCUUGUGGAUCAUGGCCGGGUUUCUUACAUGGUUGUGGAAGUAUAGGAAUUACAUUGUGAUAGUCCUUACUCCUCUUUUACUUCUGCCUCUGCCCCUCGUCAUUCCGACCCUGCAGGCAAAAUGUGGCUAUGUGAUAAUCCUCAUGGCGCUGUACUGGUGCACGGAGUGUAUCCCUCUGGCUGUGACGGCCCUCCUGCCGGUCAUUCUCUUCCCCAUGAUGGGCAUCAUGGAAUCAAGCGAGGUUUGUAUUCAGUACCUGAAGGACUCCAACAUGCUCUUCAUCGGGGGGCUGCUGGUGGCCAUUGCUGUCGAGCAGUGGAACCUGCACCGGAGGAUCGCCCUGAAAGUGCUGCUCAUUGUGGGGGUGAAGCCAUCUCUCCUGAUGAUCGGGUUCAUGGGCACCACGGCCUUUCUGUCAAUGUGGAUCAGCAACACGGCCUCCACAGCCAUGAUGGUGCCCAUCGCCAACGCCGUGCUGCAGCAGCUGAACGACACGGAGGCCAACGCCGAGGAGAGGGACAAUAACCGGUCUGCUGCAAUGGAUGGUCAGGAUAACCAGGCGUACGAGAUGGGCGACACCAAAGGGAGAAAAGAGCUUAAUGCAAAGGACGGGGCCCUCGACAUCGUUGCCAGUGACAGGAGUCCGGAGGCCGAGCAGUGCAGACUGAAGCGGGAGCAGAAGUAUUUGAAGCUGACGAAAGGCAUGAGCCUCAGCGUUUGUUACGCAGCCAGCAUCGGCGGGACGGCCACCCUCACUGGAACCACACCCAACGUCAUCCUGAAAGGCCAGAUCGAUGAACUCUUCCCAGAUAACGGAGGCGUCAUCAACUUUGCAAGCUGGUUUGGCUUCGCGUUCCCCAACAUGGUGCUCAUGCUCGUCUUGUCUUGGUUUUGGCUGCAGUUUGUCUUUUUGGGAUUUAACUUGAAAAAGUCCUUCGGAUGUGGCACGCAAGAAAAUGGUGACAGGGAGGCGUACAAAGUAAUCAAAGACGAGUACAAGAAGUUGGGCAGCAUGAGCUUCGCUGAGGGUUGUGUGCUGACCAUCUUCACGUUGCUGGUUCUCCUGUGGUUCACCAGGGAGCCCGGCUUCAUACCCGGCUGGGCCACUGUGCUCUUCAACAAAGAAAAAACGUAUGUGACGGAUGGCACCGUGGCCAUAUUGAUGUCAUCGCUCUUCUUCUGCAUCCCGUCCAAAUUACCCAGAUGCUGCGGGAGGUCUGAGGAUGGUGCUUCUGCUGAAGCCCCUCCACCUCUGCUUAGUUGGGACGUCGUCCACUUGAAGAUGCCUUGGAACAUCCUUUUGCUUCUGGGAGGAGGUUUUGCAUUGGCACACGGAAGUGAGAAAUCUGGACUCUCACUGUGGCUGGGGGAAAGUCUCGUACCGCUGCAGAGCAUCCCUCCUUUUGCCAUCUCCAUCCUGCUGUGUCUGCUGGUGGCAAUGUUCACCGAAUGUUCCAGCAACACUGCUACCACCACACUCUUUCUGCCUAUACUGGCCUCUAUGGCAACGGCCAUCAAGAUACACCCGCUGUACGUCAUGUUUCCCUGCACCAUCUCCGCCUCGCUGGCUUUCAUGCUGCCCGUGGCCACUCCGCCCAACGCCAUCGCCUUCUCCUACGGCAACCUUAAAGUCAUGGACAUGGCCAAAACCGGAUUCAUUCUGAACUUUGUUGGAGUCCUAACCAUCAACAUUGCCAUCAACACGUGGGGCGUGCCCAUGUUCCAGCUGAAUACCUUCCCCAGUUGGGCUAAUGUCACCAGAGUUCCUUGAAUGGGAACUCAACAAAAUGGACAAAUUAGGGGAGAUUCACAAUAUCUGCGUAUUGAUUCGGAUUCCUCCCCUGGAGGACUGGGCUGGCAGGGGACUCACUAUUUCUAUUUAAAGCCAGUCAGUCCAACCUGAUGUACAUAGAGGCCUGCACUUGAGACGGGUUAUUCAACGGGUUAUUCGCCAUGGUGACGCUCAUCAGAUACCAGCUGCACAUGCCGACUGGAAACACUGUAGCCCUUUUUGUUGAUGUUUCGACUGAACUUGAGUGAUGUUCAGUUAAUCUAGAUAAAUAACUGGAUAUUUAACCAAGCACAUUUUUUAAAAUGUCCUAAUGAGCUUUUAGCAUAUAGUAAUUGAAGUGUGUCCAAGGUUAUUUAACUUUCCGUAAAAGGAAAGAACCGCUGAUUCAUGCUAACUUGUGUGCCUAUGAAGACUGUUAUUUGAGGACCUAGCGCUCUCUAGAUCUGGAGAAGUAUAGCUAUUUACUAAAUGCAGGUUUUUUUUAUGUCUGUGUUCCCUUUUUUGGAUUGCUUUUUUAUUGUUGUCAUGUUGUUGCCAAUACUGGUCAGGCAAAUGAUCGUAUCCCCGCCGUUGAAUCCAGCUUUUGCCAUGUGAAGAGAUGUGCUACCGUCAAGGUUUAGGACUUCUAGAGCCUGAGAACACAGCGAAGAGGAGUUCCCGUUUUCUCUUUGAACAAUUGAAUUGCAACGCUGAAAGGUUAUGAUGAUUUCCAAUGAUGCCCAAAAUAAAAUGCGUACCCCAAA